CGGCGCGCCACGCGCCGGGGCUAUCCCCGCGUUUAUAAGCGCAGGAGUCUCUCAGUGCGUCACAGCGAACCACGGAGUCAGGAUCCCCCUGCUCGGUGAAGGAGAGCCCCGUUCUCCUGCUUGGACCGGUCCGCUGCCUCGGUUCCGUUCUGGGUUUCUUUUUUUCCUGACUUGGAUCAGAAACUGUGAGUUUAAAGUUUGGAGGAAGGAGGACCUGCUGCGGCUGGAGGACAUUUAUGGAGCAGAGGUCCCACCGCUGAGCUCCCACUGUAAGCUUCUCCUCAGAGGAGAGGAUGAAAUCUGCAGAAGAAGAUGCGUAUGGCUUCACGCCAAACAUCAGCCUCUCCCUCCCACUGGGCAACCCUUGCCUCCCCUCCCAGUACCAAGGCCUCCAGUCCAGCCCCACCAUAUCAGUCUCCGUCACUGAGCCUCAAGCUUUUGACUCGCAGGACGACUUGAGAGCGUCCGGGUUCUAUUCGACCGUCCGUCCAAACGGGGCCCCGGCUCUGGAGAGCCCCCGCAUUGAAAUCACCGCCUACAGUCAAUUUCCUGAGGAUGAGGUGCAGGAGAGCAGCCUUCCAGUUGCCAAGCGGGUCAACUCCAUAGUGACGCUGUCCCUCCCCAAUGCUGACGGUUACCGUGACCCCAGCUGCCUGAGUCCAGCUAGCAGCGUGUCGUCACGCAGCGGCCUCUCAGACGCCUCCUACGAGUCCAGCUUCUCCUACAACUACGACAACUCACCCCAGAACUCCCCCUGGCAGUCACCCUCCGUCUCCCCAAAGGGCUCCACCCUCGCCCUGCCGGGUGAGGGGGGCGCCUCCUGCGGCUCUCCUCGUCACUCACCCUCCGCCUCCCCCCGUACGAGUGUAACAGACGACACCUGGAUGGGGCCUCGAGGUUCCAGGCCCAACUCCCCUUGUGGAGCCAAGAGGAAGUACAGCCUGAACGGCAGCGAAGCGUCGCACAAGAGCUUCCCAUACUCACCCGCCCACUCCCCAGGCCCGUCCCCUCACGCCUCGCCUCGUCUCAGUGUGACGGAGGAAAGCUGGCUGCCCAACACCAACCAGUACACCAACUCUGCCAUCCUGGCAGCCAUCAAUGCCCUCACCACCGACGGCGUGUCCGACAUUGGCGAGGGAAUCCCCAUAAAGGCACGAAAAACCAGCCUGGACCACAGCCCUACGGUCAGCCUGAAGCUAGAGCCGGGAGGCGGAGAGCUGCGCCAUGGAGACCUCGGUCACGAUGAGCUUUCUGCCAACCGAGCGGCCCUGAAGAAGGACGGUUACUGCGGAAGUUUCCUGGAUGUUCCUCAGCCGCCUUACACCUGGACAAAGCCCAAGCAGUUCAUCAGCCCGUCUCUGCCGGCUCUGGACUGGCAGCUCCCAUCCACCUCGAGGCCGUACAGCCUGCAGAUCGAAGUGCAACCCAAGUCGCACCACCGAGCCCACUACGAGACGGAGGGCAGCAGGGGUGCAGUGAAGGCGCUGGCAGGAGGGCACCCAGUCGUCCAGCUCCACGGCUACAUGGAGAACGAGCCUCUGACCCUGCAGCUGUUCAUCGGCACCGCUGACGACAGGCUGCUCAGGCCCCACGCCUUCUACCAGGUCCACCGCAUCACGGGCAAGACGGUGUCCACGCCGAGCCACGAGAUCCUGCACAACAACACCAAGGUGCUGGAGAUCCCGCUGCUGCCGGAGAACAACAUGCGGGCCAUAAUCGACUGCGCAGGAAUCCUGAAGCUUCGCAACUCCGACAUCGAGCUGAGGAAGGGAGAGACGGACAUCGGGCGGAAGAACACGCGCGUUCGGAUGGUUUUCAGAGCUCACAUCAGCCAGCCCAACGGCAGGACAGUGUCUCUGCAGGUGGCAUCAAACCCCAUCGAGUGCUCCCAGAGAUCGGCCCAGGAGCUGCCGCUGGUGGAUAAGCAGAGCCUGGAGACGUGUGCGGCCUCCGGAGGGGAGAGGAUGAUCCUGGACGGGCACAACUUCCAGCACGACUCCAAGGUGGUGUUUGUGGAAAAGGCUCAAGAUGGACACCACAUCUGGGAGACUGAGGCCAAAGUCGACAGAGACACGCUGAAGCCAGUAAGCAACACAUCUGUGUAGGAAACAGCUGUUUCCAAUGAUCUAGC